AUGUCGUCGGCCUCGCCAUCGAAGGAACCGGAUGUUGACCCCGAGGUUCAAUCGGGUGAAGAGCAGGACCAUAUGGACAAAGAUCAACACGAUCCCUCAAUGCAGGGACAAGGCGAAUUCGAAGUGAAAGAGCAAGAUCGGUGGCUUCCGAUUGCAAAUGUUGCCCGAAUCAUGAAAUUGGCUUUGCCAGAGAACGCAAAGAUUGCCAAGGAAGCUAAGGAAUGCAUGCAAGAGUGUGUGAGCGAAUUCAUUUCGUUCAUCACCAGCGAAGCAUCCGAGAAAUGCCAGCAGGAGAAGCGCAAGACUGUUAACGGCGAAGAUAUUUUGUUCGCCAUGACUUCUCUUGGAUUUGAGAACUACGCUGAGGCACUGAAGAUUUACCUUUCCAAGUAUCGCGAGACUCAAUCCGCACGUGGUGAAAACCAGGGUCGACCCACUAGCAGCGGUUAUGGUGCUGGUGGUGCCGCCCAAGGUCGUCCUGCUGGGUUCCCCGAAGCUGCAGAGGGUGGUAACAGUAUUCUUAACCCUGGAUUAGAUCCUUCAGAGGAGGCUGCUGCGUAUGGAUACCCUCCCAUGGUGGGCCAGCCUCACAAUGGUGCUGGCGGCGACUCAUACUGA